AACCACAAAAGAUUUCUAUAAAACCUCGUUCCUCAUAAUUCAAAUUCAACUGAAAAUCCCUCUCUCAUGGAUAAGUGUAGCAGUGCAAUGGAGUUUCUUGAGAAUAAGAACAUUCUGAUCACUGGGGCCACUGGUUUUCUUGCUAAGAUUUUGGUGGAGAAAAUCUUGAGGGUUCAACCAAAUGUGAAGAAACUCUAUUUACUAUUAAGAGCAGCAAACGAGUCGACAGCUUUGGAACGUUUCCAUAACGAGGUGAUAGGAAAGGAUUUGUUUCAAGUAUUAAAGAAGAUGUGGGGUAGAGACUUUGAUACCUUGAUUUCAGAGAAGGUUUGUGUGGUUCCUGGGGAGGUCUCACUCUCAGAAAUAGGAUUGAAAGAUUCAAAUUUGGUAGCAGAGAUGAAGAAUCAAGUGGAACUAAUUGUUAAUUUGGCUGCAACGACCAAGUUCGAUGAGAGAUACGAUGUAGCAGUUGGCACUAAUACCUUAGGAGCUAAACAUGUCGUCAGCUUUGCAAAGCAGUGUCCAAAUCUAAAACUCCUUGUCCAUGUAUCCACUGCUUAUGUUUCAGGAGAAAGGGGAGGGCUUAUCUUAGAAACUCCAUAUAAAUUGGGUGAGUCUCUUAAUGGCAUCCAAGGUCUAGACAUUGCUACGGAACAAAAGGUAAUGGAAGAAAAACUUGAACAACUUGAAGAGAAUGGAGCUACGAAAGAAGCCAUAACAUUAGCCAUGAAAGACUUUGGCCUUGAAAGGGCUAAGAUGUAUGGAUGGCCAAACACGUACGUAUUUACAAAGGCAAUGGGUGAGAUGAUGGUUAAUGAUCUAAAAGACAAUCUACCUGUGAUCAUCAUACGACCAACUAUAGUUACGAGUACUUACAAAGAACCUUUUCCCGGAUGGAUUGAAGGCAUCAGGACCAUUGAUAGUUUAAUUGUUGGAUAUGCUAAGGGAAAACUAACUUGUUUUCUUGCUGGGAUUAACUCAAUCGUUGAUUUGGUUCCUGCAGAUAUGGUGGUAAAUACGAUUAUCAUGGCAAUGGUAGCACAUGAGCUUCAACCAUCUGAUAAAGCAAUAUAUCAUGUGGGUUCUUCAGCAAGAAAUUCUAUGAGAUAUAUAGAUUUCCAACGUUUUAACUAUCAAUAUUUCACUAAGAAGCCAUGGAUAAACAAAGAGGGAAAUGCUGUGAAGGUUGGGAAAGUUACUGUCUACAACAAUAUGGCUAGUUUCCAAAGAUACAUGAACAUUCGCUACCUAUGUUUGCUAAAGGGAUUGGAAUUUGCGAACAAGGCCUUUUGUCACUCUUUUCAAGACAAGUAUGUUGACAUGAAGAGGAAGUUCAAUUUAGUGAUGCGGCUCAUCCAACUUUAUCGUCCAUAUCUAUUCUUCAAUGCUAUAUUUGAUGAUACAAAUGUAGAAAGGUUGAGAAUGGAUAUUGAAAAGAAAGAUAGAGAACCAGAGACCUUCUUGUUGGAUCCUAAAGAGAUUAACUGGGAGGAUUACUUCAUGAAUGUUCAUCUUCCUGGGCUGGUUAAACACGUCUUUAAAUGACUCUUAAAGUCCAACAACAAUUUAUAGUUCCUCAUUGAAUGCCUUUUAGUUUUAUUUCUUUUAAAUUACAGUGUACGUCUAUAAGCUUUUACUUUACUUUUAUUCUGCUUUUUUGCCCUUUUUGUUGUAUUUCAUUGAUGAUAAAAUUCUUAUUAUUUGUAUUCUAUUUAGGUUAGUGACAUUUUGUUGUUUGUUUCCACAUUGUGAUUUUAACGGCCCAGAUCCACCGCUAGUAGAUAUUGUU